AUGAGAUGGGUGUCUGCAGCAUGUUUUGGGGUAUCCAUAGCAGCUGUGAUGGUAUUGCCCAGCAUAGAAGGUCGAUUGCAGGGAGAAUGUUAUCGAAUUCAGAUUCAUAAGCUAAUAGAAGAUGUUAAGGAUUUGUUUGGUGAAUGUAAGGAAUCAUGUUCACUGGAUAAGUUGAAGUUGAUUGACAGAAUCCAAAAACUAGGCCUCAACAACCACUUUGAGAAGGAAAUCAAGGAAGCCCUAGACACCAUAGCAUCUGUAGAACUCGAAAACAACAGCAAUCCCUGCAUUAGUUCUGAGGGUGAUCUCUAUGCUACUGCACUACUCUUUAAGAUUCUUAGGCAGCAUGGUUAUAAAGUUUCACAAGAUAUAUUUGGUAGUUUGAUGGAUGAAAUGGGUACAUUAAAGAAGAACACAUUUGGGGAUGUGAAAGGAAUGCUUGAAAUGUUGGAGGCCUCAAACCUAGCUUUAGAAGGUGAAAAUAUCCUAGAGCAGGCUAAAGCUUUCUUAAUGGUCACUCUUAGAGAGACCAAUACAAGGUGUGAUGAUAUAGACAAUUGCAUUUCCAAGCAUGUGACUUAUGCCCUGGAGCUUCCAUCACAAAGGAGAGUUCAGUGGUUUAAUGUGAAAUGGCACAUCAAAUCCUACGAGAAAGACCAUACUGAUUGUUUCUGUUGA